AUGGUCCUGGUCAUGAAACUUCUAUUCCUCACCUGCCUGUGGCCGACAGCAGUGCUACACAGUUCUCAAAGUCAGCAUCACCAUCUUCAUCGGCAACAAUUCUCAUUCUUAAGAAAGCAUAACAGCAAACGAGAAAUUAAAAUGAGGAAACUUGACAGCACCAAAGUACGGCCACUUAAAUCUGAGCAGCUUCUUCGCAUAGAGGACCAUGACUUUGCACUGAGACCUGGAUUUGGAGGGUCGCCAAUACCCGUGGGCAUUGAUGUGCAGGUAGAAAGCAUUGACAGCAUAUCUGAAGUUGACAUGGACUUCACAAUGACUUUAUAUCUCAGACAUUACUGGAAGGAUGAAAGACUUUCGUUUCGUAGUAACAAAAACAAAAGUAUGACUUUUGAUGGAAGACUGAUAAAAAAGAUCUGGGUACCUGAUGUAUUUUUUGUACACUCCAAAAGAUCUUUCAUCCAUGAUACAACUGUGGAAAACGUCAUGCUCCGAGUAUACCCUGAUGGCAAUGUACUCUUCAGUCUACGAAUAACAGUUUCUGCUAUGUGUUUCAUGGAUUUCAGUAGGUUUCCUCUGGACACUCAGAACUGUUCUUUAGAACUGGAAAGCUAUGCAUACAAUGAAGAUGAUCUGAUGCUAUACUGGAAACAUGGAAACAAGUCCCUGAGCACAGAUGAGCACAUCUCCCUCUCCCAGUUUUUCAUCGAAGAAUUCAGUGCUUCCAGCGGACUAGCGUUUUACAGCAGUACUGGUUGGUACAAUCGACUUUUUAUAAACUUUGCACUCCGGAGGCAUAUUUUCUUUUUUGUGCUACAAUCCUAUUUCCCAGCUAUGCUGAUGGUGAUGCUGUCUUGGGUUUCAUUUUGGAUUGACAGAAGAGCCGUUCCUGCCAGGGUAUCGCUAGGUAUAACUACAGUGCUGACAAUGUCAACCAUCAUGACAGGAGUAAGUGCCUCAAUGCCUCAAGUGUCUUACAUAAAGGCUGUGGAUGUGUACUUAUGGAUCAGCUUCCUUUUUGUCUUCCUGUCUGUCAUCGAAUAUGCAGCAGUGAACUAUCUCACCACAAUUGAAGAGAGAAAGCAACUCAAAAAAAGGGGCAAGGCUUCAGGAAUGUAUAUUGAUGCAGUGCAAGCAAUGGCUUUUGAUGGCUGCUUUCACGACACGGAUGUGGACAUGGACCUGACUGCUUUCUCAGACCGCUGUGAAGAAAAUGAGACUCGAGCACGUACAGCCAGUGUCUCCAACAUGGACACAACUCGCAUAAAGAGGAAGAGAUCUCUGAAGGGAAACGUGGGCAGGAUUAUUUUACAGAACAAUCAUGUUAUUGACACAUAUUCUAGGAUUAUAUUUCCCAGUGUGUAUAUUGUGUUCAACUUUUUUUACUGGGGUUUGUACAUAUGA